AUGCCAGAGUUGACUCGUCACAGACCACCGUCGUUGAAGCUUGCUAACGACGAAGCCAAAAGCGACGUUAUUCUUCGUAUCGUCAGUCCAAUCGCCACGCUGCAAAUGAGUCUGGAUAUGAAGAACACCGUACGGAUCAGUGAGUCCAUUCGGAAAAGACAGUCGUCCAUCAUCGCUGCAAAGAACCAUCCGCUUUAUAAUGGCGUGGACGAGCCGAAAACGGAAUCUCCCGAAAAUGGGUCUAGAAAAGAAACUCCUCCUACUGCUGAGCCAAAGGAACCUCCAGCGAAUAAGGAAACAGAGGGCCAAUCUGCUGGAAACACGCCCAUCAACUCUGCCGCCGAGUCAUCUGCAUCUUCUACAUCCACAUCUACCCUGUUCCCUCAUAUCAAAACUGAGGAGGACCACAUCACGUCCCCAAGAUCUGCUCCUUGUGGAAGCACCCAGCUGAGCCCUGGCACGUCUUAUACGACGCUGGAUAGAGUAGCGUCGCAAUUGAAGAAGAAGAGCUUGAAGAGAGAUAAAAUCCCUCGUCCACUUAAAUUGUACAACAAUCCUGCUGUUGGCAGUGGACCUUAUACGGCUGCAAAUGUGCACCCUGCAAUGUAUUCAGCUUAUCAACAAGGUUUGAGAUCUGCUCCGCUCAGACCAUACUUUGCUGGUCCACCACGCGUCGUUCAGCGUUACAGACGGCCUCCGAUUCAAAUGGGUCCUUUGGGUCCCCCAUUUCACGUUGUCCAUACCCCGUACCAUAGAGAGAUUCCAGUUAUGGCUGACAGAAGAGCGAGACCGGCUUCAAAUAUGCCAAUGACUGCAACAGGGGCUGCUCCACAGGGACCAUACCCAGGAGGAUACCCAGCUCCUUAUCAAGGUGCAUAUUCAGUACCACCACCUCCAAGGCAGUAUCCACCAGCUUCGGAGGCUACAUCGGCCCCUCCUCCUGGGCCACCAGUGGCUACACAGGGUCCUCCUACACAGAAAAAGAGCGAAGAAACCAGCAAAAGUCCAUCAUCAUCGCCUCAGCAAGGCGACAAGAGGCCACGCCCUGUGCAAGAUGUCUUCAAUGAUGAUGCCAAGCGAGUAGCACCUCUACCGCUGCAGCCACCACUGGCACAAAGGGGUCGUUUCAGCAUAGAUGAGCUUAAGACUGCUACUGAAGAAGAAGUGGAUGCAAUGCGUCGUAAAAGAGACGAAAGCGAUGAGAUCUACGGCUCCAUGUCGUUCAUGGAUAAGCUGACGUUUAGAUUCAAGAUCUUGAACAAACAACUCUCGCUGGACGAGAAGAAGGCACGUUUCUUAAAAAUAUGUGAAACCACAUGGGAUGAAUUCAUGAAACAGCCACAAAAAUAA